GCCGAAACUGUUUCCCCACUAAAUCCGCGUCCGUUUCGUCUCGCAGUGAGCUCGCAGCGCGAUCAUGGCGGUGCCGGGAACCCUAGUCUUGUGGAGGGCGGUGUUCGCGGCGCUGGGCGUGCUCAUGGUGGGCACCCUCGUGUACACCUGCGCCACCGACGGCUCGCCGUUCCGCCCCGAGCUGCUCACGCCGUGGAUGACGGCGACACUGGUUGAUUUUUAUGUGAACGUGAUUGCAAUUUCGGCUUGGGUUAUUUACAAGGAAGCAAACUGGAUUAGUUCUGCCAUCUGGGUAGUUCUGUUGGUUUGUUUUGGAAGUGCUACUACAUGUGCUUAUAUUGUUAAGAAGCUUUUUGAAGUAACACCUGCAGGGCCCACCCAAGACCCACUUGAUCUUUUGCUGCUCAGGCAAGGUAAUCUAUCCCAAAGAAAGUGCUCUUGUGUCAUAAUUGGGAGGAUUGUUUUCAGCAUACUGGGGAUAUUCAUGGCUGCCGUUGUCACAUAUACUGUCAUCACUGAUGGACUACCUUUUAGGAAGGAUUUGUUGACACCGUGGAUGGCGGCAACCUUAAUUGACUUCUACAUAAAUGUCUUUGCAAUAUCGGUCUGGGUUGCUCACAAGGAGUCUACUUGGAUAUCAACUGUCAUCUGGAUUUGCUUGUUGAUCUGCUUCGGAAGCAUCACAACAUGUGGCUAUAUUGUCAUUCAACUUUUUCAAGUAUCAUAUCAAGACCCAAUCUACCACGUGCUAUUGAACUCUCACAGCAAGUAUGGAAUCACGACUGCCCCGUAAUCCUUCAUCUUGAAAAAUUGAAAAUUCAUUGAAGGGGUAUGCUCUGAUUGCCGUGCAAUAAAACAAAUGUUUCCUUCUCUCUAUAUGUAAGGAACCAUAACUAAGUGUAUAUUAGGACAGCAAUUAGAGAAGUUAUUUUGCUUGGAGUGACCUAACUUCUUCGCCAACUUCUCCAUAAAAUGAAUCGUACUAUUUGUCAA